AGUCUGUAAGCUCGAAAUUGUAACAUACUCCCACGUAAACGAAUAUAAAAUACAAGUUUUCGGUCGACUGUUUUCAUGUAUCGUUCAGCCUUCAUGCAUGCAAAUGUCCUAGGCAGCUGAAUCGAGCUCGCGUGCCAAACACUUGAGUGGAUUGUCUUUCCCAGGGCGUCCUGAAUUGUGCGUCAUUUUCAUUUCUGCAUUUUGUUUUCCGUCGAGGCAAUAUGGCAACACCCGCCGCGGUAAAUCCAUCGGAAAUGGGCACAGAUCUCCCAGGGCCGGUGGCGAUGCCUGGUGCAGUGGUGGGCGCGGGCCAGGUCAGAAUGGCUGGAUCCAUGCCGGGCAGAGGAGGCAAGAGAAGAUCGGGCGGAAUGGACUUUGAAGAUGAGGACGGAGAAGGACCCAGCAAAUUCUCAAGGUAUGAUGAUGAUGAGAUCCCUGCUGACAAAGAGAGAUAUGCCAGGGAAAACCACAGUGAGAUCGAGCGGCGCAGACGCAACAAGAUGACCCAGUACAUCACCGAGCUGUCGGACAUGGUGCCCACCUGCAGUGCGCUGGCGCGCAAGCCCGACAAGCUGACCAUCCUGCGCAUGGCCGUGUCCCACAUGAAGUCCAUGAGAGGCACCGGGAACACCUCCACCGACGGAGCCUACAAGCCCUCCUUCCUCACCGAACAGGAGCUGAAGCACCUGAUCCUGGAGGCGGCCGACGGCUUCCUGUUUGUCGUGGCGGCCGAGACGGGGCGGGUCAUCUACGUGUCGGACUCGGUGACGCCCGUGCUGAACCAUCCCCAGUCCGAGUGGCUGGGCAGCACGCUCUACGAGCAGGUGCACCCCGACGACGUGGACAAGCUCAGGGAGCAGCUCAGCACUUCGGAGAACUCCAUGACCGGUCGUAUCCUGGACCUGAAGACGGGCACGGUGAAGAAGGAGGGCCAGCAGUCCUCUAUGAGGAUGUGCAUGGGCUCCAGACGCUCCUUCAUCUGCAGAAUGAGGUGUGGGAGUGCUCCUUUGGACCACAUCUCUCUGAACCGUCUGUCCAACAUGAGAAAGAGAUACAGGAAUGGCUUAGGGCCUUCCAAGGAGGGCGAGGGACAGUACUCCGUGGUCCACUGUACCGGCUACAUCAAAGCCUGGCCGCCAGCAGGCAUGACGAUACCUGACGAGGACUCCGAGGGAGGCCAGACAAGCAAGUACUGCCUGGUGGCUAUUGGAAGACUUCAGGUAACCAGCUCUCCCGUCUCCAUGGACAUGAACGGCCUGUCCGUCCCCACGGAGUUCCUCUCGCGCCACAACUCCGACGGCAUCAUCACCUUCGUGGACCCCCGCUGCAUCAACGUGAUUGGCUACCAGCCACAGGAUCUGCUCGGGAAAGACAUCCUGGAAUUCUGCCACCCGGAGGACCAGAGCCACCUGCGAGAAAGCUUUCAGCAGGUGGUGAAGCUAAAAGGCCAGGUGCUGUCGGUGAUGUACCGCUUCCGCAUGAAGAACCGUGAGUGGAUGCUGAUCCGGACCAGCAGCUUCACCUUCCAGAACCCCUACUCGGACGAGAUCGAGUACAUCAUCUGCACCAACACCAACGUCAAGCAGCUCCAGCAGCAGCAGCAGGCCGAGCUGGAGGUCCAUCAGAGGGAUGGCCUGACCGCCUACGACCUCUCCCAGGUGCCCGUCCCUAACGUGCCGUCGGGAGUGCACGAGACUGGGAAGGCCAUCGACAAAACGGAGGCCAUGUUCUCCCAGGAGAGAGACCCCCGCUUCGCAGACAUGUACUCGGGCAUCUCCGGAGCUGAUAAGAAGAUGAUGGUCCCAUCGUCCACAGCAGGGAGCCAGCAAAUCUACUCCCAGGGAAGCCCCUUUCAGCCGGGACACGCUGGAAAAAGCUUCAGCUCGUCGGUGAUCCACGUGCCGGGGGUCAACGACAUCCAGCCGUCUGCGUCCGCCGGGCAGAAUCUAGCCCAGAUCUCCAGACAGCUCAAUCCCGGCCAGGUGUCCUGGACAGGAAGCAGACCUCCUUUCUCAGGCCAGCAACUCCCUGCACAGUCCAGCAAGGCCCAGUCGUCUCCGUUUGGGAUCGGCUCCAGCCACAGCUACCAGGCUGACCCGUCCUCCUACAGUCCGCUGUCCAGCCCGGCCACUUCCUCCCCCAGCGGCAACGCCUACUCCAACCUAGCCAAUCGCAGCACAGCCUUCGAUGUGUCAGCAGAGGGCAGUCAGAGCGGAGGCCAGUUCCAGGGCAGGCCGUCGGAGGUGUGGUCCCAGUGGCAGAGCCAGCACCACGGGCAGCAAGGGGGAGAGCAGCACCCUCACCCCCAGCCCAGCCAGACAGAGGUGUUCCAGGAUAUGUUGCCAAUGGCCGGAGAUCCCACGCAGGGUACAGCCAAUUACAACAUUGAAGAUUUUGCAGACUUGGGCAUGUUCCCGCCGUUUUCCGAGUAAGGACGGUGGUCCGAGCAAACAGAACUCUGCGCUUUUUGUUUGUUCGUUCUUUCUUUUUUUGUGGCUCU